CGAACGUAUUCGCCGGUGUUGAGUCGUGCGGUGCGAUACUCAGAUUACGCACGCUUUUACAAUGAGAUGUGAAAAAGUUGUUCCUGCGCAAGUGCAAUAGAACUGCAAAACAGUGUGAAACAAAGUUUUAUUAUUUUCAAAGAGAAAUUUGUGGAUUAUUGUUUAUGUAAUGCUUGUACUUUCAUGCCGGUUGCAAAUAAUUUGGAUUUGAUUUUGCCUGAAAAGUUGAGGGUCGGACGAGCGUAGUUCCCUGUUCCGGGAAAGUGCGUGAGGAUGUCCAACUUCCAACGAACGCGAAGUAAGGUAUGGUGGGGAGAUUCACCGCCGAACAUCGGCAGCCCAGUGGCGCAGCCGGCGGACUGGAACCACAACAGGGCCCAGGACGACUGGGAGCCUCAGCUGCCACACUGGAUCGCCAACCAGCCCGAACAAGAGAGGAACGUCAGCGUCGAAAAUAUUGCGCAGCCCAAUGCAGUUCAGAACCAGUGGCCCCUGCGCCACGGCAGCCCCGGCAGUCACAAGAGCCAAGACUCGGGGUUCUCAGACUCUGACAGCUCUCCACCUCCUUCGCAAUACUACCCCUCCCCUGAAGACUCUAAAAACAAGUCUGCAAUCAGCAGCGAUUCCAAUAACAAUGAAAAUAUCACUGUCAAACAAGCCAUCGAUUUUCAAAGCACUCCCAGCCAAGACGUUGUUGAUGCGAAAGCAUUAGAGGUUAGUGGGAUGAAGACGCCGGUGCCCAAGCCGAGGAACCGAAGCAGCAGCCUCAUACAGACUCCUUACGACUUGCAAAAAUAUUAUGAAAUACAUAAUGAUGAAGAACAUAUGGAACUCCUAAAGGAUAAGGAACAUGAAGACAAACAUCCUAGCCCAAAGAAUAUUAACGAUGAAGAUUCGCAAACAGAUAAAACGUCUAAAAAUAUAACUCCUAAGAAUGCCAAAGCUAAGGGUGGUAAAGAUAAUACAAAUCUUAAUGUAAGCAAUAAAGAAAAUAACCCAAAUAACAGUGCAAUACUCAGAGAUACCAAAGAUGUACCGGUAAAAAAUAUGAGUAUUAUUAGUCCGUCUAAGAAAUAUCCAGUUAAAAAGACAUUCAUAUCAAGUACUGAGAGUGAUAGUUCAAAAGUUAUCAAAGUGGCAAAAGUUAAAGAUUUAGAAACAAGUAAAAAUAAAUCUGAUGAAAGUUUAGAAUACAUAAAACUAGCCGACAACAAUGAGAUCGCAGUUAAUAACCAGCCGAGGAACAGAACUCCAAUUUCUAACAUAUCUUACAUACCAACAGAGAGGAGUACAGCAACAAAACCUGAAUACAAGCGUAGCAUGUCCAAUGAAGAUAACCUUCCAAUUACAACUACACCAAAAUUCCAAAGAAAUAGGCUAAACAAAUCACUUAACUUUGAAGCACAGAGGUUAGACCAGCAAAUACUUGAUAUUCAAGACGGCUACCAUUCAUUAGGAUACAUUGACGAGGAACCGGCUAAAGAAGACAAAGAUGAAGUUCAUAAACCUGCCAAUGCUUUGUUGGGCAAAAAUAUCAUGGACAGUCUUCAUCUCAAACCUUCAAAGAAACCUGGCCCUAAAUCUAAACAACGAAUGGCAACAAAGAGUGAAAGAAACAAAGAUAUAUUCAGGAUAUUCCCAGGGAAGAAAGAGAAGCCAAGCAUCGUUGAUACUCAUGCCGGCGGUAUCUUAAAUGGAAGUAGAGUACCCUCUCUCGGUCUGCCGAGAACACAGGAACAAAACUCGUGGGUCAUUGUCGGUUACCCAGAACAAGAAAUGUUACUUCCCAAUUACAAUGAAAGGUUAGUGGGUACUGAUAGCGACAUCAACUUAAGGGCUAAAGACUCGGAAGGCGACGAUAAUCACUUCAGAAUAAGUCGGAUAUCACCUCCACCACAAUUCCAAGACAAACUGAAAAUUCCAUACGACACAGAUUCUAAAACAGACAGGAAUUUAUACCACGAUACUAAACGGGAGAAGUUAAAAGAUGAUGAGCCGAAUUUCUCAGACGUCCAAUGUAAUUUAGCCUGUACAUCUACGCCAAAAAUGCUAGCUCCUCAUGAAUACAUGAAAGGGGCGCCACCAAGGAGUUCCGCUAAGAAUCCUCGUAGAGUGAAUCUGUUAGAAAAUUUUAAUAGCGGCUUAGUAUUGAACAAUCAGAAUGAAAUUUUAUACCGAGAGCGAAGCAUAGACCAGACAGCUUUAGAGCGGCUUUGUGAGAGGAAGCCAGAGCCGGUCCAAUACUGGCUGUGCGACCUGGUCGGCUCGUGUGAGAACGAGUGCAUGACGACGCUGCAGAGCAAGCCGCUGGGAGCGGAGAUGAAGGCCAUGGUGUCCGCUAGUUCUGCCACUAUUACAGGGAAUAUUAAGAAAGUGCAGACUCAUGGACAGAUUAUAGUACAUCAGUAUAGUGAUGUCAUCCGGCAACUAGAAGCCAACACUCCAAACGAAGAACAGAUCUGCCUCCUAGUAGCAAACAUCAACGAGUUCGUCCUAGCACACAGCAUAACCCUAAACACGAAGCCUCCAGGCGAGACUCCGGAACGAUGGGACAAGAUCAAGAAGUCACUACAACUGUACUUGCAGAAACUCAUAGACAUCGGGGAAGACGUGAAAGUGGAACUUAACGAGAGCACGAUAGAAUGCAGCGUGGUGCUGAAGCAUUUGGAAGCACUGAGUGGGAUUUUCUUAGAAACUACCAAAGCGGUAUUGGUACAGCAAAUGAAGACGCUAGUAUCGAUAAUCGAAGAGCCACCAUCGGACAUGAUUCUAAAGAGCACUCUAACUUCCAUCGGUCACCUAGCCAUGCUGAACGACCGUUCCGAAGGCUCGCUCCACGACAAAUGCUCCAAAAUCAUGAAGAGCAUCACAGAGCUCCCGUUCGUAGAAUGUGGAGUGCCUAGAGCGUUGUUAACGGCUAUUAUUGAGAGCAAUAAGAGCUCUAUUAAAGCGCUGUCGCUGAGAGCACUGGCUACUGUCUGUGUUACUGGGGACGCGGUCAAACAGUUUGAAGAGGGUGGCGGCAUCGAGAUCCUCUCAGACAUCCUAUCGGACAAAACCAACCCUGAGCCUCAGAUGCGUGAGGCCAUCACGGUGCUCACCCAGAUCACCGCGCCCUGGCUCAGAGGGCACUACGAUCUGACGCAGCUGCAUAUAUACUUGGACACCAUUGUUGAAAAUAUCACAGGCAUCCUGUCCCGCACGGAAUGCUGCCAGCUCCUCCUGCUCUGCACAGCGUGCCUCGUCAAUCUGGUGCGAGAGCUGGAGUUGGAGCAGGACCAGCAGAACCAGAAGUCCGACAUAGUCGCGGUCAUCACCAAGCACCGCACCACGGAGCGCCUGUUGGACGCCGUCAAGCGGCGCGGACCUAACAUCUCCGUGUUUCUACAGGAGCAAACAGCAUCCUACCUAGCGUCUCUCUCCCGCGUGCCGCGCUGCGUGCUAGCGCUGUCCUGCUCGUGGGCGACGUGCGCGGCGCUCGUGUGCUUCGCGCGCGCCGCGCCCGCGCACGCGCCGCGCGUCGCCGAGCUGCGCGCGCAGGCCCGCCUGCAUACGCAUGCCGCCGAGGCUAUCUCCAGACUAUCAGUGGUCCCCGACGUGGCCCACCAGAUAGUGCAGCUGGAAGGCGUCCCGCACUUGACCCGGCUGGUCAGGCUGCAGCGGACGCGCCCGCACCUCGACGUCGACCCCGACCAGACCCUCAUCUACUGCCUGAAGGCACUCCGCACCAUCUACAAACACCAGCCACACGCCUUCGCGGAUAUGCAAACGGAGGUGGAUGAGAUGAUCAGGCCGCAUUUGAUGGAGUCGCUUAUGCUCUUUUCGGCUAAACAGGAGAGCUACGUGUGAGUCUACGUCGAAAGGACCA